UAUUUAUAACGUUAUCGGAAAUAAAAUGAAAACGCGAGAAAUAAAAAACAGUAGUUUUUCCAAGUCAAAUUUCGCAAAAAAAGUACAUAUUAACAAAUACAGUAUAACGCUUUAGGUUUGCUAUAUACGUCAUAAACAUCAUACUAAAACAGCUUGUAUUGAUAAUUAUUUUUUAGUGUACACUUUUCAAUUUGCAAUUAAAUAAAUUUUACACCCAAAAAACGAUAUAGACCUUUAAAUAUACGUUAUGCAGCAUUAGCAGAAGACAAGUUGUUUGUACAUCUCGGAGUACAUAUUAAGUACUUUUUAAAAAUGAUAAGAUAAUGGGAAUUUCGACAAAUAGCGAGCGGACAAAUCGACUUUCACAACGAUCUUUAACUCAUUUUUCGGUAAACAAUCUCCUAGCUGACAACCGAACAAUAUGGCCUACGAGGAAUUGCUCGUACCCGGUACGGAACUGAAAGAAAUGAAAUUUAAUGACUUUUGGGAUUGGUUGAUAAACGUUUCGGAUUUGAAAGUGCAUUGGAACUACCAACCCUCGUACCUUUUGUCUCAAGCCGUCUUCCUCUUCGGGGGUUUAGCGACGUUGAUCCAUGCGUUGGUCCGAGGUAGCCGAUUUCUCCACCUUUAUUUGGCCAUAUUCAUUCACGGGUUUGCCGUUGAGAGCAUCUCCUAUGUCAGCCCCGACGUGGAUAAUUUUUGGCAUUCCCAAACACCCAUCAUAUUUCUGGGGAGACGACUUCCUCUACACAUAACGCUGCUUUACGCUUGCUUUUUGUAUAACGCGAUCAUCGCGGUAUCAAAAAUGCGUUUGCCCAAAUGGGCCGAACCAUUCGCAGUAGGUUUAGUGGUAGUCCUGAUAGACAUACCCUACGAUAUCGUAAGCGUAAGGUUCAUGCAUUGGUUCUGGCACGAUACCGAUCCAAAUAUAUAUGACAAACACUACUGGGUGCCUUGGAACUCGUACUAUUUCCACGCAGCAUUUGCAGCUAGUUUUACAUUUUGGUUUGAUUUUUUGAAGCGGACGUUUUGUCCCAGCGAAGGGAAAUGGGUCAAAAGCAACAGGUGCUUUUUGGAACUAGUGACCACAGUAAUAACGGGAUUUGUCGGACCAAUUGGUGGCAUAUUACUUUUCAUCCCGAUUUAUCAUCCACUGCACGACAACUAUAAAAUUCACAGCGAAGUCACGUUCUUCAUCUUGUUCACGAUAUUUCUCUUAAUAAUAUGGUCAGCAGACAGAAAACCAAGGAAUGACGAUAAUUUAAAUAAGAAGUCUCACGUGGUUCAUUGGACCACUGUCCUAUUGGUCGUCCAUUUGGUACUUCACUACGCGGUCUUUUUGUCCAUGACUUUGUUCUUCAAUCCGGAGGACGAGGUCUCAACUGGGAUUAAAGAGCAGAUUGGGCCUUGCGACGAAUAUGUGUUCAUACGGACUGCUACCGGAACAUCUUUGCCCAAAAGAAAAUAUCUGUGUGCAACAGAUUACGAUGAACAGUAUUUCAACUGGAGUUGUUUGAAGAACAAAAAUCCGCCACGGAACGGAUCUGUUUGGUAUACAACAUGCGGAGUACCGUUUAAAAACCGAGCAGAAUACAUUACCAUCAUUUCAUUAAUAAGCUUUAUAGCGGCCGUUGUAUUUUAUAAUUUACAUUUUAGCUCAUUCGGUGACGCAGUGUUUUCUCCUAACAUUCAGAAAUCACUUAUAACAAAACAAAAGAAAAAACAAAAAUAAAAUCACUGGA